AUGUCGUUUUUUGAUGACUGCGAUGCGGUUGCUGAGUUUAUAGGACAAGAGACACUUCCUUCAAAACCAAAAACCCCCGAGAAACCAAUCCCGGACCGCUCGCUAACAAAAGAGGAGAAGCAAUCUGACCGUGUCUUGAAGAAGGAAGUUGUACUUUCAAAUUCAAUGGAACGUCACAUUUCACCUUUCAAAUUGAAUGCGCCAACAUACGUCCCUAAAGCAAAGAAAAGAUCAAAUAAAGAGGUGAGUCAAACACAAAGCGCACCAAUUUUAGUCGAUUUUUCAUGCAAGAGAUAUGUCCCAAAAAGCAAACGAAAGGAAAUGGCUCUCCCCUUCGACAGACGGACCAGCGAAUUUUUGCAAAAUUACGGAGAACAACUGAGUGACUUGUGUAACUCCAACAAUUUAUAUCUGUUGUAUUCGGGAAAGGACAUAAAAGGGUUAGAAAACCCUUUGUCGAUGAACAAUGUCGUCAUAGUUAUUGUCUCGGGAGAAAACGUCUUUGCGUUUAACGCAAUUUCUAAAGCCGACGUUGUUGUGUUUUCCCUGAAAAAUCCGUUUGACUUAAACUUUGUCCCGUUCAAACUGAAAGACGUCCCAGACUUCGCUGUUGAUGUGAAUGGGAAGUUCAAGAAACUUGAGGUUUGGCAUUUUGUUGGGAUCACAGGAAGCGCGGGGUUUGUGUAUGACGACUUUUCACAAUUUUACGACGACCCAACAGGAGUUGGCUCGGACGUGUUUGUGGGGCAGUCACAGCCUGAGGAGUUCACCGUCGAUUGGUACUUUGCUUUUUCAACGAUUUAA